CCCUUCAAACUCGCGUUUUUCGUAGAUGAGAUUUGUCCCUAAGCGGCUGCCGUUCUGGAUACCAUUUCCCCGUCUACCUCCUACACCCGAUUUUUCCCUUUAACUUUGGUCAAGUUUCUGUCUAUAAAACACAACGCCUUUGUGUAGCCUUGUUUGUUUUUAGUUCCGAAGCCAGCACAAUGUUCACCACCACCGGGUCCAGAGGGUUGUACAAAGCCCCAGUGUCUAAGAGCCUGCUGCUGCUUCCCACUGCCUUUACCGUGCUCCUGCUUGUAGCUCUUCCUCAGUACCACAAGAUGUUUGUCUACAGUUUGCAGGCUAUCACACAACACAGACAGUUGUGGAGGCUGCUGUGUGGGAGACUGAUCUGUCUGGAUGUAAAGGACACGUUCUGCAGCAGCCUGCUCAUCUACAACUUCCGCAUAUUUGAGAGGAGGUUCGGCAGUCGCAAAUUCGCUUCCUUCCUGUUUGGAACCUGGGUUCUGUCUGGAUUUCUGGACUUCCUGUUGGCCAAGGUUGUUCACUUCCUGUUUGAGCUGCAGGUGGACGUGCUGCCGGCCGGACUACUGGGUCCAGUCUUUGCCCUCUUUGUGCCUUUCUUCUGUUCCAUCCCUCGUGUUCAGGUCACACAGUUGCUGGGCUACUUCUCGAUCAGCAACAAGUCUCUUGUGUACAUCGUGGGCCUGCAGUUGUUGACCUCCAGCACUUACAUGUGGGUUGUAGCUUUCAGCGGAUUGGUCUCAGGCAUGCUGUACUACAGUAACAUGUCGAAUCUCCAGCGGUUCCUGUGUGUUCCGCGGUGGUUGGCACGCUGCAGCUGUAAGUUCCUGGAGCCCAUGUUCUCAAGCACAGAGCCACGUGCUGAGGCGCCAGUGGGGAUGGGAGCCACGUUGGACAUCCAGCGACAGCAGCGUAUGGACAUGCUGGACCAACAGCUGCUGCUCUCACAGCUGGCCCAGCUCAGAAGAAACCCCCAGCAGCCACCGCCACAGCAGCAAGGCGGACUCUUCAACCGAUUCUUUCCAGGUUUGCGGCAAAGAGGUCAAAAUCUUAAUCACGUGCAGCCGCACACACCAGCGGACACACCAGUGGCUGAGGAACAGGUGGCAAGGCUUAUGGAGAUGGGGUUCUCCAGAGUGGAUGCUCAGGAAGCUCUCAGAGCAUCCAACAACGACAUCAACAUGGCCACCAACUUCCUGCUUCAGCACUGAGGCCGAGCAUCACAGGGCGAAGCAGAGGGCGAAGGAGAGCGAAACUGAGCUGCACUGACUGGAAAACACGACGUACAGACCACCAUGUUGGAAGACUGGAAAAGUAAAGGACUCUCUAGAGCUUGUGCUGUCACUUCCUCUCAAACUGCUCUGUGAUUGGGUCCUGAGGAGCUGCUGAAGCUGCUGCUGCUGCUGCUAAUGUUUCCAACCCACUUCUGCAGAAUAGAGCCAAGAUGGUGGUGGGGGACAGCGCAGUGUUCUCUCAGGGCUUGUGUUCUCUGGCCUCGUCGUCCUUCUACAACCUCAACACUGCACAUUCUGAUUAAUAAGCCCACUUGGUGGUGGUGAUGAUGAUGAUGAUGAUGAUGAUGGUGAUGAAUAUAUGAAAGCUCUGUGAUUGAAGAGUCUUAAAAGGAAAUCAAGGCCUAAAAGACUCAUAUUUAGAAAUAAGUCUGGACUAAUGGAAUAUAAUAAUCUAGCAAAAAAUUUAUUUUCACAAUAUUUCCAUUCGCCAUGUUUCUUAGUUUUGGGCAGAUGGCUAUUAUAGAUACUUAAUAGAAGUCACCCAAAAUCUUUCUGUAAAUAUCUGCCUACUGAUUCAGGACAUAACAACUCGGAGUCACCUUCAUUCUUAGAAAUAUGGUAUAACAGGUUGUGCAUCUUUUCUGUUCCCUGGAUGAUACUGUAAGAAAAAAAUGCGUAGUGUAAAAAUAAGACGAUGAUGUUGAAGAUCUUAAUAAAGAACAAGUUUAUUCCAGCAAAGCAGUGACAAAAUACAUGGCGUACUUUGGGUUCGUCGGAGUCAGAAAGAACACGAACCCAGAGCAAAUCCUGCUCACGCAUUUUAAACUGUUUUCCUCUUUGUUGUUUAAAUGAGAUUCUACUUUGAAGGUGUAUUGAGCGUAAGAUCUGAGUGUCUCCCAAAUUGUCACUUUAAAUGGUAAUCGCAGUCACGUAAACCCUUUGUUCAUGGUGAUCCUUGAUGUCCUGCUGCCGUUCCCAUAUUUAUAAAUGAAUCAGGUUUAUAUGUUUAGAGUCCUAAACGUAUUACCUUAUGAUACUUGAACCUUUUUAGGAAUGAGCUCUUUUAGAUGUGUACCUUGGAGUGGAAUUUUGGGUGCAAUUUCUGUAAUUUCUUACAAUACCAUCAAGCUUACAACAUUUAUACCUUUAUUAUGUACAGUAUCUUUAACCCAGUAACGUGUAUAAUGUAUCAUUUUUUUCCUAAAUAAACACGAGUACUAAUUAUAUUAAAGGUACAAAGGAAAAACCCGUAUAAUCACGAACAAGACCAGAAUCUCAUGCAAAUUUCUAUUGCUCAGAGUAAUCUGGGGAUAAAACAAAUUUCCACUCCUGUAUUUAUAUCGAACAACAGCUUCCAGCAAAGAGAAUUAAAGGUAACGUGAUACGUGACAUAGCUACUGUGAUGUAGAUACAAUAGACCGAGAAUAAGACACUCCGAGAAAAGCCGCUAUCUGCCCUCUUCCCCAUACAUGAGCUUACAGAUGCCCACUUUUCUAUUGCGUCACUCGUUCUUCCCAAAUCCGCACCUCCCAAAGGUUGAAGAAAGACUUUGACGUGGUUAUGAUUAUAUAGCAGUAUAGUAAACGUAAUUCUAGCUGAUCAAUAUUGUUUGAGGCAUGUACAGUGCAUGGGUUUGUAUUUAUGGAAAUGAUCUUGGGUGACAAACAUUAAUUAUUUGCUAAAUUAUCCUCAUAGCUUCAGGUCAAAUAAAUAAAUAAAUAAAACAAGCAGAUAUUAAAUAUGUGUUAAUUGUGUAAAAUUGUGUACAUUUAGAUUUUUUUGGCCUGAUCUUCAUGUCGUGAGACUUGCUAACAAAAACUACAAAUCUAUCUCAUCCAAAAUCUCUUCUUGAGAAAUGUCAGCUAUACUGAGCGGAAUCACCCUUUUCUUAAAAAUAAUACCAGCAAUUUGCCUCCAAGGUGCUGAUAUGUUUCGAGAAAUCUUCAACUUUAGAUUUCAAUUUGAAGUCUGCGGUUUUACAAAUUUACUCAUCUAUCUAGAUUUGAGCAAGAUGUCAGUAAAUCGAGUAUAUAUACGCAUUUGGACAUGUAUUCGUCCAGAAGAUGUUGAGUGAAAUACAUCACCCUAAAUACAAAACAAACUAAGAAAGUUUAGCAUAAAAAGAUGAAUUAUUAUUAAUAUUAUUAUUAUUGCUAUUAUGUGGGAAUCCGAGCAGAAAUUUUGUCUAUGUUGUACAGCCACCGUCCAAGUUUUCUGUAAAUUACUUUUUUAAAAUGUCAUUCUGACUCAUGGGAUAAACAGUAAUUCAUCAUUAUCUCUCUUUACUCAGCCGUCUGUCUUUGGAUGAGAUCAGGUUCUGCACAACAUUUUCAGAUGUUUCAGUAUGAAUGUUAUUUAUUGUGAAGAGUCUGUUUGUGAUUUCACAAUUGUAAUGUUAUUUUAUUUUAAGUCACUAAUGUUGGUUGUCUAAUUGUCCACCAUAUUUUUUGUGAUUUUUAUUUCAAUAAAAAAGAUGAAUGCCA